AUGCAAUGGCCGAGUAAGCAGCAAGGGCUGAGGAGACAGCAGUUUGGGGAGCAUGGAGUGAUGGAGAGGAAGGAGAAUGCGAGGAAAAGAGACGAUGGCGUAAGGCGCACAAAGCGAAGACGCGAAGAUGAACCCACAAAAUCGACGGCCACUGAAGUGGUGGCACCGAAACUGUUUUCGGUACUGUGCUUCUGCCUGAGUGACUUCAUGAGCCCUGACAACAGAGACCGCACGCGAGACCUCAUAGCAGCCGCCGGAGGGCGGGUGCUGGAGAAGCGCGACCUGCGCCUGCUACUGGAAAAUCCUGACCGCUCUUCGUCUUCGGUGAAGCCGAGGCCCUGCUACUUCGUGUACGACGUCGACCCGCCCGGAGAGUUCCGCUCGGGCUCGCUGCAGGAGGAGAUGGAGGAGGUCAGAGAGCAGGCGGCGGCUGGUGCGCAGGUGAUCUGCCGCCUCACGGUGUUGGAUGCCGUCGCGGCGUAUGACGCGGAGAUCCUCCUGACCGUGAAGAAGGACCGCUUCGUCACGUCGUAA